AUGAAUUCUACUUCUAAUCAACUAAGGAAAACACUAUUGGCCAUCUGGAAGUUAUUAUUAAGGAUAUUGGAAAGAGAAUAACAUAAACGGUCACGGUAUUAUGGUAUUCAUUUUGUUAAUCUGUUGUUUAAAUUAAAAAUAGAAUAGCAUAAUACAUAUUCUUGGUUAGAUGGGCGUUUGGGCAGUGCAUAAGUGAUUGGUAAGUUAAUUGUACGCAUGGUCAGGGAUUCUAUAAAUGGAAGGAUGGGAUCAUAUAACGGAGAAUUUUGUUCAAGAUAUAAAACAUGGAUUUGGAGUCUAUGUAUGGGAAGAGAGAAGAAAAUACGAAUGAUAUUGGGAGAAUGGUAAACAGCAUGGGAUGGUAAAAUGAAGAGAUGA